CUUCUACAAUCUCUCGAGUUAAAAGUCUCUGCAAAGAGUUUUACUUUGAUUCUUUCUUCUGUGGAGGAUCUUCUUACACAAUCUGAUAUCUUUUAUCAUGGCUUCUUGAAUCAUGUACUCUUUGCUUCUCGCCAUUUCUCAUCUCUACCCGGAUCCGUAACCAGCUCUCAGACCCGGGUUAUACCAUUUCUCCUCUUCAACAAAGUUUAAAAGUCACACCGCGUUGACCUUCUUCCUCUGGUCUCCGCUCCAAUUUUUCUGUUAGAAACUUUGAACAACUUCACAAAGUUUCAAUCUUUUUGCUUUGGUUCCUCUCUCUCUCUCUCUGUUUAUUAGGGUUCUUGGUUCUGUUGAUGAUGAUUCUCUGAUUAAGUAGGUGUAGAGUUAAAACCAAACAAAAAAAACAAAAGUAGAGUUAAGUCAUUGAAUUUGGUACCAACAAUGGCGAGCCAGAAGGGUCAGAAAAUCCGGUUGGUGAAAUGCCCCAAGUGCUUUAAGAUUCUACAGGAAGACGAAGAUGUUCCUGUUUAUCAGUGUGGUGGUUGUUCUGCCAUUCUUCAAGCGAAAAAGCGGAGCAUUGCUCCAAACAGUACACCAAGUGCAGGAGAGACAGAGAGGGGUCAAUCUAAUGAGCCGCGAAGCGAGCCAGCAACCAACAAUGUGUCCAGCAGCUCGGGGCAGAACACGGUUGUUCCGUCAUCCCCAGGGGGUUCUGCAGCCCAAGAGUUUGAGAAAGGUAGGAAUGUAUCCGUUGAGUCUACGGAGAAGGAGCUUGAUGACUUAGAGUUAUCUAAUGGAGAUGAGACAAAUGAAAUUCAACAGCAGGAAUGUUCACUUGGUGAUUCUGAGAAGAAUGGAGGAGACAAUUCCAGAUUGGAGUCUCAUAUGAUGAACACCGUGGCAGAAGCUGCAGGAUCUGGGUCUAGCUCUGGAAGCUUGAUUGUUGAUCAUUUGGUGGCUGCAAGAGCGAGUAAUCCAUCCGGUAACGCUGAGAUUUCACCGGAUGCUUCCCUUGUUGAAGAGGAGCAAAGCCAAGUUGAUUUUCCAGCAAACAAGACUCCUUCUGCUUAUGAUGUGGUGGCUGCAAGAGCGAGUAAUUCAUCUGGUAAUGCUGAGAUCUCACCUGAUGCUUCCCCUGUUGAAGAGAAGCAAAGCCAACUUGAUUCUCCUGCAAACAAGACUUCUUCUGCUUAUGACGGGAGUGAGUCUUCGUCUGAUGAAAGGGAAGACCAACUUCUCGAUGACAACGAACAAUGGAAUGCUCUUCAGAAGAUAAGAUCAGGCAAAUUUGAGAUGCAUAGAUACCCUGGGUAUAAGGAGCAAGGCGCUAGUUCCUCCUCCCCUUUCUCUGAGAAUAGGCGCAAUGGGAUUACCACAUACAACGAACGGCAUCAGAAUAGGUCUCUGCAACUCGAGGGACCAGGAGGGCGUCUUGGCAGACAAGGGAGGAGACAUGUGACAGAACAACUUCGGCCUGACAUGCCUUUCUAUCCGAGAGAACCAUACACACGUGGAAGCCCUUCAUAUCCGUCACAUGAUGAGUUUGAUCGCUAUUCCCGUGCACACUCGCUUCAAAUGCCUUCAUACGCUGGAGGCAUGAACCACGAAUUUGUUGACUAUAUGUAUCACAACAACCCGAGGGCAAGAGGUCAGGGCCAAGGAAGUAGGAUCUCAGGAGAGAUGGGAAGAAACCAUGGUGGUUGGUAUUCAGGUCAGCUUCAUAAUUCUUACAGUUCAUAUUCUGCAAGUCCACAGAGACCAAUGGAACCUGAGUAUCAUCCGAGAUGGAGGCGCGAGAUAGUCUCAGACGUGGAGGAUCAUCAGCGUAAUAGACAUGCUGGCCACCACCAUGAGUUACAGACCCGUCGUCUAAAAGAGAGACAACGUGUGGCCAAGCGUCAUGUCCGUCCAACAGCUGGUGGGGCACCUUUUGUUAGCUGUUACAGUUGCUCAGAAAACCUGCAGCUUCCUGUAGACUUUCUCAUUUUCAAGAGGAAGCAUCAUCUUCUCAGAUGCGGCACUUGCACCACUGUUCUCAGAUUCUCACUUAAAUCCAGAACUCAUUUAGUUCCUGCAGUAACACAUGACAUAAAUGCUAAUAGGAAUAGCAAUUCAACAUCAGAGUCUCCGAGAGACAAAGCUCCCUCCAAACCUGAAAAGCUGAGAUCCUCUGUUCAGGAUGAGGAGCUACCUGUGUCUAGAGGUUCUCCGCUUCACCGACUAAUGGGAUAUUCUACUGUAAGCCAAGUCUUUAAAGCUUCACAGCGUCCUCCUUCUGUAUAGAUCUCUGCUUCUGAUGAAGCAACGAGAACUAUGUACUUCUCAGAUGGAAAGUUUUGCCAUUGGUUUAUCAUUCUUUUUUUCACAUCUGUGUAUAGGUAAAAGAUUUGUUUCUGCACUUUUUUUGUUUAAAGUAGAAAUCAUGUCACUU